AUGAGACUUCUGCGCGCCGGGGGCGAGGAACUUGUUCUGGACAACGCCUACGGCGAGAGCAACGAGUACGCCAUAUUGUCCCACAGAUGGCUGCCACAAGACGAACAAGAAAUCAGAUACCCCGAUAUCGUAAACCAAAAGGAUGGAUUGGACACCAAGGCUGGCUGGAACAAGUUACAAGGGUGUCGCCGGCAAGCUGUACUUGAUGGCUUGCCGCAUGUCUGGGCAGAUACCGCAUGUAUUGACAAGAGCAGCAGUCAAGAAUUGACAGAAUCCAUCAACUCCAUGUAUUAA